CCGCCCUUCCAGAGGCUCAUCCAGCCGGAGGAGAUGUGGCUGUACCGGAACCCGUACGCGGAGGCCGACUACUUCCCAACCAAGCCGAUGUUUGUGCGUGCGGAGCGGAGCGGCCUGCCUUGCGGCCUCCGGGCUCCUCCCGAGUUCAGUGCUAGGGAGCGGGAGGCGCUCACACUGGCUCCCGGAUGCCCCGUGCAGGGGACAGCACUGCUCCCUCCGCUGAUGUGCUGCUGUUUAAGGCCCAGGUCAUUGCAUUUCUCUCUCCGCUGUCUCUGAUCCUCCUGGCCAAAUGUCUCAAGAAGGCAGACACGGCAGACAGCAGACAAGCCUGCCUGGCUGCCAGCCUUGCCCUGGCCCUGAACGGCGUCUUCACCAACACGAUAAAGCUGAUAGUGGGGAGGCCACGCCCGGACUUCUUCUACCGCUGCUUCCCCGACGGGCAAGCCCGCUCUGACCUGAUGUGCACGGGGGAUAAGGAUGUGGUGAACGAGGGCCGGAAGAGCUUCCCCAGUGGACAUUCUUCCUUUGCAUUUGCUGGCCUGGCCUUCGCGUCCUUCUACCUGGCAGGGAAGCUACACUGCUUCACACCACGAGGCCGAGGGAAAUCCUGGAGGUUCUGUGCCUUUCUGUCACCUCUACUCUUUGCAGCUGUGAUUGCCCUGUCCCGCACCUGUGACUACAAGCAUCACUGGCAAGACGUGCUGGCAGGGUCCGCACUGGGCCUGGUGCUGGCCUACGGCUGCUACCGGCAGUACUUCCCUCCCCUGACGGACGCGGACUGCCACAGGCCACUGGGACACGGCCCUGCACUUCCCACGGCACAGAAGCGGCCCGGUGGCCCUCAUCAGUUUGAUAUUUAGACACAGGAGCAACCUCCAGGAGAACAGAUUUGGUCCAGCCAAUGAGGUGGAAUGACACUGCAGUCCCCCUUGAGUCAUCUUCAAAGAAAUUCAAUUGGGGGUGAAUUCAGCUCUUUCUAGAACAUGUUUUCGGUGUAUCUUUCUCCUUCAGUAAAUGUGAUAUUCAAACAAAAUGGUGAAGGUUGUUUUUGAGAAAUGGAAUAUCUCCAAAGUGAAACAGUGGAUUCCACAUCGGAUACAGUCUCGUGUGUGUGAUAAGCAACACCAGUUCUGUAGCUGGGAAUAUGUAGAAAACGGUACUACUGGAGUUUAAGAAUAGGCUUGGUCAAGAAUCCGCACGUGACCCAGCUGAAGUAGUGCAAACAACAGUGGGAGAAUUUUAAGCCAAGCUUCUUACUCUGUAAUACGCAGCCACGACGCUACCCCAGGUGGACAGACGUAAAGCUCUUUUACAGUCACCUGCCCCUCCCCCCAGGACAGAAACACUUCGUACAAACUGGUGCAUCCAGCCCUCCAGGGGGUGCUGCUCAGCUUUGGUUACAGGAACUCACUCUUGCUUGUCCUUUGGUUCCCUCUUAAAUAGUACUUACUCUGUUAAUAUGAAGAGUAAGUUUAAAUUUGAAGACAAUUUGAUGAAAGCUUCCCCUUUAAUAUAUACUGGAUGCUCCUUAAUUUUCAGUAACCCUUCCAACUCAGUUUAUAUAGUAAGGGAAUAAAGUGUCCCACGUGUCUGAAACUGCUCGCUGGCUGAGGCGGCAUCAGUCCAGCCGCCGGUGGCCCAGGAAGGGCCAGGCUCCGACCUACACCCCAGCCUUACCUCUAGGGGGCCAGUAACCCCCCCUUUCCUUGUCUCUCCAGAAAGGGAUGAAGACCACCGCUGUCGAAGGGAUGGCUUACGUGGAUGUUAAACGCCAGGGCUUUGGACAUUAUAAUACAUUCAUAAGAAAGUUACAAGACACACAGCUCGCCUGCCUGUGCCACUGUGUACACGGGGCCUGUGGGAACCUGAGGGGACUGGGAAGGAUGCUCACAAAGAGAACAGCAAAGGCAACAGCAAGCUGUGACCAGUGACAAAACAGCCCCCCACAGCGGUGAGCAGGUGCCUCAGGAAAAGCCGGUCUCCCCUCACCCGCCUCACCUGACCCUGCAACAGCCGUUCCCAGCCCCAGGGACGCAGCCAGACCGACCUGCUCCACCGCCUCUGCCUGUGCCGGGAGCCUGUGCGGGAGGCAUGCGGGACUGCGGGUGACUGCGGCGGCGUUCUUAAAGGGGACACCGCGCUACCUUCGCCCUGACAGACGCGGCAGGUGACUUGCACAAACUACUUCACCAUCAGUGCUCCGCUAGAAGGUUUUAUUCAAAACCUAAGCGGUCUGUCCAGGCUGUGUAAUUUCAUCAGCUUUUAUAACUU